AUUUGGGUGCGGUCAAAUCCUCACUGCAAAUGUUUUGAAGCAUUGUUCUAUCUUUAUUUCUCGUUAAAUGUAGAAUAAAGAUAAAAUGAUGCUUUGAAACAUUUGCAAUGAGACUUCGACCGCACCCAUUGUAUUGUAUUGCCGCGUCAGUUUGUGUAAUCGCGCGGAAAAGUCGGAAAAGAAACAAAAGUAAAACAAUAUGAACGAGUUUACGUGUAUGAAGCAGCAUGAAGGCAAUCACAUUUACCGCUUCAAAUGGAACGAUUAUCAAAUUUAUCUAGCUGAUGUUGUGCGACAACUGUUGCAGGAAGAUUGUAUGGUGGACGUUACACUUUCCGCAUCAGGCGAACGUAUUCAUGCGCAUCGCAUCGUGUUGUGUGCAUGUAGCACUUUGUUCCAAGAGAUUCUUAGUCAAGUUACAGAAGAUGAUCCAACCAUUAUUCUUAGUGACAUAUCUUCUCAGGAUAUAAAAUCCAUCAUUGAAUUUAUAUAUCAUGGUGAGGUUCGAGUUCCUGUUGACAAUAUCAGCAGUUUACUUGAGGCUGCGCAGUCAUUAAAAAUAAGUGGUCUUGUUGAUAUAAAUGGACUUGAGGAAAAUCAAAGGAUCGUAAACAGACAAGAUCUUGUAGAAGAAAAUGCAACAGAUGAAACUGAAGAAAAUAAAUCCAAGAAUUUACAAAGUCAACAAACUAUUGAGAAUAAAAAGAAACGUCAACACAGGAUCCGUGAAAGCACAAAGAAAGACUACAAUGAUGUUAUGUUACAAUCUGCAAUUGAAGAUUUGAAAAAAGGAAUGCCUUUGAUAGAUGCUGCCACCAAACACAAUAUACCUCGCUCAACGUUGUAUAUGCGAGCGAAAGCGUUACAUAUACAUUUAAGUGCGUCAAGAAAUGGAUAUCCCGAAGAAUGUAUGAAUGCAGCGAUGUCUGCUGUAAUGAGUGGUUCGAGCUUGCAACAUGCGUCGGAAGUGUAUAGGAUCCCUAAAACUGUAUUAUGGAGACGUAUGCAAAAAAAAGGCUACCAAAUCUUGCGUCCUGAAAUGAAGAGAUCGUACGCUUUAGACACAAGAGAGGCCGCUGUUAAAGCUUUAGAGAGAGGAGAAAAUCUCACAAAAGUCGCGCUAGAAUUUAAAAUACCGAAGACUACGUUGUUCAGAGACAAAGCGCGAUUAGUGAAUCAAGGUAAAUUACCAUUGUCGUUUUGGAAGAAACGUAAAACGGAGAAUGAAGAAUUAAAAAAAUCGCGAUUGGAAAAAGCUGUGGCUGCUUGCAAAGGUGGUAAAAUGUCUCAAGCUGCAGCGUCUAUUACGUAUCAAAUUCCGAAAACUACGAUAUGGCGAAAGCUUCAGCAAGAUGGGAAAAAAAUGAAAAAAUCAUCAAAUAUAAAAAAAGAAAAAACGAUCGAAAAGUCACAACAGGAUAAUGAGAUAAAAACACAAGAAGAUUCCAACUUCAACUAUUGUGAGGUUUCAUCAGAAAUACCUGUAACUUAUAUAGAUGAGAGUAGUAUACCCGAGGACUCUGUAAUAAUCUUGACAACAGAGGAUUUAAAUGAAUUGAAUUUAGAAGAAGGAAGACAAAUUAUUGUAAAUACCGAAUCUGGGCAAGAAUACGUACCAUGCGCGAUAAGUAUUGAAGAAAGUUCAAAUUAUUCAGAAGACGCGGGUUAAGUUUAAGUAAACACUUGGGGGUCGAUUUUGUAUCACGUAGUGUAGUGAAAAUUACAAAAUGUAAUUUUCACUACAUUGCAUAGAGAAUCGACCCCCUGAGGUUACGUUCUUACCUUGGUUAUUAAAAUGCUAUAUUUCACAUCCCGUGUACUAUAGUUACCUUUUAGGUAACACUAUUUAGAUAGGAUUUUGAAACGUAAUCCCAAGAGGAUGCUGGGGAGUGACCUGACGUGACGUUAUUACGACGUUGUUAAAAAUAACUAUUUGUCGCAACUACUGAACGGAAUGAAAGAUACUUUUACAAAAUAAAAAAAAUAACAAAAGAAA